AUGAAGCUGAAGCUGCCAAACCCGGGUCUGGAAGACCGGAUUCCAAGCCACCAGCAGCUGGAGAAGCUGGAGGUGGAGGAGGCUGGGGAGAGACCCAAAUGGGACAACAAAGCCCAGUACAUGCUGACCUGUGUGGGUUUCUGUGUCGGUCUGGGGAACGUCUGGAGGUUCCCUUACCUGUGCCAGAGCCACGGAGGAGGAGCGUUCAUGAUCCCCUUCCUGAUCCUGCUGGUUCUGGAGGGAAUCCCACUUCUCCACUUGGAGUUUGCCAUUGGCCAGCGCCUGAGGAAGGGCAGUGUGGGAGUGUGGACAGCCAUUCACCCCUAUCUCACUGGUGUCGGAAUAGCAUCCAUGUUCGUCUGCUUCCUAGUUAGUUUGUACUACAACACCAUCAUUGCCUGGGUUUUGUGGUAUUUGUUCAACUCCUUCCAGGACCCGCUGCCUUGGAAUCAGUGUCCUGUCAACGAAAAUCAGACUGAACUGGUGUCAGAGUGUGCACGGAGCUCCCCAGUGGACUACUUCUGGUACAGGGAGACGCUCAACACCUCGGCCGCCAUAGAGGAUGCUGGCGGCCUGCAGUGGUGGAUGGUUCUGUGCCUGUUGUGCGCCUGGAUUGUGCUCUAUGUCUGCUGCAUCCGGGGUAUCGAGACCACUGGCAAGGCUGUGUACGUGACUUCCACCCUACCCUAUGUGGUCCUCACCAUCUUCCUCAUACGAGGCUUGACUCUCAAAGGUUCCUUUACUGGGAUAAAGUUCCUCUUUACCCCAAAUGUGACAGAAAUAGCAAAUCCGGCUACCUGGCUGGAUGCAGGGGCACAGGUGUUCUACUCAUUUGGACUUGCUUGGGGGGGUCUCAUCUCUUUCUCCAGCUACAACUCAAUCCACAACAACUGUGAACAGGAUGCUGUAAUUAUUUCAAUAAUCAACGGCUUCACUUCUGUCUAUGCUGCCACUGUCAUCUACUCCAUCAUUGGCUUCCGUGCAACCGAGAAGUAUGAAGACUGUCUUAACCGAAACAUUGUUUCACUGAUAAAUGCUUUAGAACUUCCUGAAGGCAGCAUCACAGCAAGUAACUAUAAGGAGGUUCAGAAUUUCAGCAGUAAUUCUUCUCAGAUCAUUCACAAGCUGAACCUGAAGACCUGUGACAUGCAAACUUUCCUUAAUGAGGGUGUCGAGGGAACAGGUCUAGCCUUCAUUGUGUUCACAGAGGCAAUCACCAAGAUGCCUGUGUCUCCUCUGUGGUCCAUCCUAUUCUUCACCAUGCUCUUCUGUCUUGGGCUCUCAACUAUGUUUGGGACCAUUGAGGGUGUGAUUGUACCCUUGAAAGACCUCAAAAUCUUCCCCAAAAAAUGGCCCAAAGAGGCUCUGACAGGUUUGACUUGUCUGGUAUCCUUCCUCAUCGCCCUCAUAUUUGUACAACGGUCAGGAAACUACUGGCUGGCCCUCUUCGACAGCUUUGCUGGUUCCAUUCCAUUACUGAUCAUUGCCUUCUGUGAGAUGGUGGCUGUGGUUUACCUCUACGGGAUAGACAGGUUUAACAAGGACAUCGAGUUCAUGAUUGGCCACAAGCCCAAUAUUUUUUGGCAAGUCACAUGGAGGGUGAUCAGUCCCCUCAUUGUGCUGAUGAUCUUUGUCUUCUACAUCCUCACCACAGUCAGUGUGGAGUUCACCUACAUUGCGUGGGACCCUAGCUCAGAAGUCUUUCCUACUAUGCUGAAGUUAAAUUACCCAGAUUGGAUUUAUGUUAUAAUCUUUAUCUUGGCUGGGGUCCCAAGCUUUACAGUUCCAUUUUUUGCUUUCUCCAAAAUCCUCUGGAACUCUAUCUUGAACACAAAGAGUAAUUACAAAAAAGAGAACAUCCACAUUUCCACCAAAAUAUGA